UGACAACAAUGCUUCCCAGCCCGGUCAUAACAGCAUCCACCACGCCUUUUUCUGUGAAGGACAUUCUGAGGCAGGAGCUACAGCAGCAGACACAGCAGCAUCAGCUGCUCAUAUCGCGCCUCGGGUUUUCCAAUUCGCAACAUUCGCAACUAGGCUGCGCGCUCCAAAAAUAUUUUCUCCCCCACUCGCCCCCUGCAUGCAUGUUGGCCGGUCGGGACAGCCCGAGUCCCGGCUCCGAACAGUCCGAGAGCGAGGAACGGAUGUCGUCGUACCUGAGCACGCUGGAGAUCCAGGAGCGGUUGGCGGAGUCGGGCUUACCGAGGGAGAUGUUCACGAGCGCUGUGCAGGGGGGCCACGAGGCGAACAUCCCGCGUGAGGCCGAACGAGGGGAUCUCCAUUCUAAGAGCUGCGACCAAGGCGGGUGUGAGGACCUAGAGUCGGACAAACCGGCCAAACAGACCCGGACCCGGAGGAAACCGCGGGUGCUGUUCUCCCAGUCGCAGGUGUUCGAGCUGGAGAGGCGCUUCAAGCAGCAGCGCUACCUGUCCGCCCCGGAGAGGGAGCACCUGGCCAGCUCGCUCAAACUCACCUCCACGCAGGUGAAGAUCUGGUUCCAGAACAGGAGGUACAAAUGCAAACGGCAGCGACAGGAUAAGAGCCUUGAGAUGGCGGGGCAUCAUCACCACCACCAUCACCACCACCACCCACCUCCGCCCAGGAGGGUGGCCGUCCCGGUGCUGGUCCGCGACGGGAGACCGUGUCUGACCGGAUCCCCGAAUUAUAACACUUCGUACACGGUGGGAGCUCCGACCCCGUAUAGCUACAGCAGUUACCCAGCGUACAGUUACGGGAACUCGGUCUACCCCAACACGUACUCCUGCACCUACUCCAAUUUGGCCUCUCUGCCCACAACCAGCCCCACCGCUAAUGCGUUUAUGAAUGUGAAUCUGGGGAACCUCGCCGCACCGCCCCAGCAGCAGUCUUCCCAGGGCUCGGGCGUCCCACCUGGCCCGGGGAACAUGCCGGGCAUCCGAGCCUGGUAGCGCUCCUGCUCUCUUCUUGCUCUCACGACACACGUGCAGCGUUACACGGAUUACGCGUAUUCCCAUGGCAACGCACUGGGGAAUAACUGUUUCUAAUAGUGGACCUAUAUUCCUAAUGUCAUUGUGGACAUGUGUGGCUUUUUAAAGGACUCCUGCAUACAUGGACUGCCUAUAGUAUAAUAUAAUUCAGUAUUUCCGAGCGGAAGUUGACUUGACGUAUUAAUCAAAUGGUUGGAUUUGUGAGUGUUGGAGGAGAGUGUGUAUCCGACCAAAGGAUAAAGUAUAUAUCCGCAGUUCAUUUUCUUUUAAUAAAUAAAACACGUUGUUCUUA